UAUAUUCUGUGAAGUCGCCCACCACGUCGAACUGGACUGAGGCGGCUUCCGUAGGAGUGUGAGUGGUUGGAGUGUGACGCAGAAGCGCUGAACGGGCAGAACAUUUCUAGUGUCAAGAUGGCGACAUCGGAGCCGAAAGCACCAGAAACAGAGGAUCAACCGACUGAGAGCCCGGUCGUUGCAAAUCCUGAGCAGUACAUCAAGCACCCCUUGCAAAACAGAUGGGCCCUGUGGUAUUUCAAAAACGAUAAGAGCAAAAGCUGGACAGAGAACCUGCGUCUCAUUUCCAAGUUUGACACAGUGGAGGACUUUUGGGCGUUAUACAACCACAUACAGCAACCUAGCAAACUUGGCUUCGGCUGCGAUUAUUGUUUAUUUAAGGAUGGGAUCAAGCCGAUGUGGGAGGACGACAGGAACAAGCUGGGGGGCCGAUGGCUGAUGACCCUCAACAAACAACAGAGACACAAUGAUCUGGAUCGUUACUGGAUGGAGACCCUCUUGUGUUUAGUCGGUGAAUCGUUUGAUGAGGCAAGUGAAGAUGUGUGUGGAGCCGUGGUCAACGUCAGACCCAAGGGUGACAAAAUAUCCAUCUGGACAAGCAACUGCCAAAACAGGGACGCCAUCAUGACGAUAGGUCAAAAUUACAAGGAGCGUCUGAGCCUCCCUAUCAAAGCUGUGAUUGGCUACCAGUCACACGACGACACAUCCAGCAAGAGCGGAUCCACCACCAAGAACAUGUACUCAGUUUGAACCACCCAACCCCCCCCAACCCCUCAUUUCAACUCGCUGUAGAUUUAAACAAUUACCAAACCGCAUCAUCACAAUAAUAAUUUCAGAGUUGUCGACUGUAGAGUCUUUUCCUUUUAUUAAAAAGAGAAUUGUUCAUAGUGUGUACAGGCGGAGCUUCCCCAACAUGAGAAAUACGUGGGGAGAUGAUUCAAUAUAAGAGGUCAACAGAAAAAUAUACGCAAAAACGAAUGAUUUGCUUUUAGAGUUGAAGAGUUCUGUGAUAAAUACUAGUGAUCUCCCCGUGCUUAGCUAAGAGCAAGCUUUUUUUUUCACGAUUUAACGGCUUAGAGUUUAAAAACCGACAUUUCUUCAGCCUUGUGUUUUGCUCAUGUUGAGUUCUCACUCUUUACAUAAAGUGUUUCUCACCUCACGGGAAAAGACGGUACGCGACUUAUCCUCACUGAACAAAUUUUAAGGGCAAUUUUAACUUGAUUUAUCCGGAAGUGUUACGCAUGAAGAAUCUACAGUAUCUUUAAGGUGUGCUAACGCCGUGGUCACACUCCAACAUGUAGGGUUUGGAUUUAAGGCCACUUGUUGUUUCAGCCACGCUGGAAUUGUAGAAUAUUGCUUGUAGUACUUUUUGAACUUUUUUUCCUACCCCUUACAUUUAUUUAUAAUGUAUGCAUUGCAGUUGAACUAUUUAGAUGAAAUACAACCAUGAAACUUGUUUUUUUUUUUUUUUUCAAUUUGAUUUUUAUUUUUUCUCUUUUUUUGUUAUAAAAGUUAAUAAUGUGGACUACUGCAUACAGGUUACAUUUUUUACAGUGUACUAUACGGUAAGAAUUCUGACAGAAUUAGGUGUGCUUUUCACUGUUUCUUCCUAACAAAAACUGUAGAUAAUGUCACACUCCUCUCUUGGUUGAUGCAAAGGAAAGAUGAUAUUCAUUGUGAAAUGAUUUUGCUCAUAAUGUAUCUUUAUUAUUUGUAAUUCCAGGAUGUAUAUUACCUUCUUUCAAGUAAAGGUUAAGUGCUUUGCAUUAAAACCAAAA